AUGAGACUGACACAAGAUCCAAUUCAGGUUUUGCUGAUCUUUGCAAAAGAAGACAACCAAAGUGAUGGUUUCUGGUGGGCUUGUGACAGAGCUGGAUACAGGUGCAAUAUUGCCCGGACUCCAGAGUCAGCGCUUGAAUGUUUUCUUGAUAAGCACCAGGAAAUAAUUGUUAUAGAUCACAGGAACUCCAGAUAUUUUGAUGCAGAAGAUAUCUGCAGGACUAUUCGUGCCACAAAACCAUCAGAACACACUGUAAUACUUGCUGUGGUUCCACGCACAUCUACUGACCAAGAAGAGACUUCUGUUCUUCCCCUUCUUAAUGCAGGCUUUAAUAGGCAAUUCAUGGAGAAUAGCAGCAUAACUGCUUGUUACAAUGAACUGGUUCAAAUAGAACAUGGAGAAGUGCGAUCUCAGUUCAAAUUACGGGCUUGUAAUGCAGUGUUUACAGCAUUAGACCAUUGUCAGGAAGCUAUAGAAAUAACCAGCGAAGAUCAUGUCAUUCAGUAUGUUAAUCCAGCCUUUGAACGGAUGAUGGGGUAUCACAAGGGAGAGCUUAUUGGCAAGGAACUUACUGAACUACCAAAAAGCGACAAAAACUGUGCGGAUCUUUUAGACACUAUCAACACGUUUAUUAAAAAAGGAAAGGAAUGGCAAGGAGUUUACUAUGCAAGAAGAAAAUCAGGAGACAGUAUCCAGCAGCAUGUGAAGAUAACGCCUGUGAUUGGUCAAGGAGGGAAAAUAAGGCACUUUGUGUCCCUCAAAAGGCUGCAUUGUACCAAUGAAAACAACAAACAGCUCUACAAGAGUCACCAUGAUGAGAAGCACACAGGAGACAAUUCUCAGUCAGAAUCCCAUUCCUUCAAAUGCAAGAACAGAAGGAAAGACUCAACUGAUAAGUCAAUAACAUCUCAAAGUAGUGAUGCUCCAAGUUUACAGACCCGACGGUACUCUUCCAUGGCAAGGAUCCACUCAAUGACAAUAGAAGCUCCUAUCACAAAGGUUAUUAACAUAAUCAAUGCUGCCCAGGAAAACAGCCCCAUCACAGUAGCAGAGGCCUUGGACAGAGUUCUGGAAAUCCUGCGGACGACUGAACUUUAUUCCCCUCAGCUAGGUACCAAAGAUGAAGAUCCUCACACAAGUGAUCUUGUUGGAGGUCUGAUGACUGAUGGUUUGAGAAGACUGUCAGGAAAUGAGUAUGUGUUUUCUAAGAAUAUGAACCUGAGCCAUAGUCACCUUUCAGUGCCAAACACCAUCAAUGAUGUUCCACCCUGUAUCGCACAGCUCCUGGAUAAUGAGGAAAGCUGGGACUUCAAUAUUUUUGAGUUGGAGGCUGUUACAAAUAAAAGACCGUUAGUGUAUUUGGGCUUAAAAGUUUUUGCCCGGUUUGGGGUCUCUGAGUUUUUAAACUGUUCGGAAGCAAUGCUGCGAGCGUGGCUGCAGGUGAUUGAAGCCAACUACCACUCCUCCAACUCAUACCACAACUCCACACACGCAGCAGAUGUCCUGCAUGCUACAGCCUUCUUUCUUGGGAAGGAGAGAGUUAAGGGAAGCCUUGACCAUUUAGAUGAGGUGGCUGCAUUAAUAGCUGCCACCAUUCAUGACGUAGACCACCCUGGACGAACCAACUCUUUCCUGUGCAAUGCAGGCAGUGAAUUAGCUGUCCUUUACAAUGAUACGGCUGUAUUAGAGAGUCAUCACACAGCACUGGCGUUUCAGCUUACAGCUAAAGACAGCAAAUGCAACAUUUUCAAGAAUAUUGAUAGAAAUCACUACCGGACGCUGCGCCAGGCCAUUAUUGAUAUGGUUUUGGCAACGGAAAUGACAAAGCACUUUGAGCACGUGAACAAAUUUGUGAACAGCAUCAACAAGCCAAUGGCAUCUGAGGAGACCAGCUCACACAGCGAAGGCAGCGACUGUGAAUGUACAGCCAAUAUAAAGAAUUUUCCAGAUAACCAAACACUGAUCAAGCGCAUGAUGAUUAAAUGUGCGGAUGUAGCAAAUCCAUGUCGCCCCCUAGAGCUAUGUAUUGAAUGGGCAGGGAGGAUUUCAGAGGAGUACUUCGCACAGACUGAUGAAGAGAAGAGACAGGGUCUGCCUGUUGUAAUGCCAGUAUUCGAUAGAAACACCUGCAGCAUCCCCAAGUCUCAGAUUUCCUUCAUUGAUUAUUUUAUAACAGAUAUGUUCGAUGCGUGGGAUGCAUUUGCGCAUCUGCCUGUUUUGAUGCAACACUUGGCUAAUAACUACAAACACUGGAAAACACUGGAUGAGUUAAAGUGCAAGGGUCUCCGGCUUCCAUCGGAAAACAACAACUGACACUAAGGCGAGAAAAACAGACCUCUUGAUCUACCAGUUUCACUGUGAAUCACUUCCUAACUUGGCUGCAAGAGGGAUGGUGUUUGCCUUCCAGUGAAAUUAAGACUGCGUGGCAAGAAGGAAAGAUUUUAUUCAUCACUUUUAAGCUUUUCUGAAUCCUACAGAAAAGUGUUUUCAAAAAGGCUACGUAAUACACAGAUGAGUAAGUGCUCUUUGGAAAUAACACUUUGUGGCAGAAAAUGUACUUCUGAAACUAAUUUCUAAUACUGAAUAUGCAUUUGUCAAAUCUUGCAAUCGAUACAAUUGUAUUCUCUAACACUGCACACAACUGUUUCUCAGUCUGAGGGGUAAUCUAGUCACCAGUAGAGUUAAGAAUAGGUUGACAAAUAAGCAUAAAAACUUCCCACUUACCCAGCAUAAAUUUGCUCCAAUUCUAUCGCUGCUCUUCAGCUCUCUGAACCAUAGUUCUAAAGAGAACACGCACAGUAGAACAAGUAAACCUCCAUAAAUUGGAUCCAGUAAAAAGCAAACCCCGCACCAUUUAAAGCAACCUUCUUAUUAUUACAGAGACUCUCUCCCAGAGCACCAGCUGUUGUCUCUUCUUUCUUUUGCAUACAAAAUCUUGGUAGGAGUCAAAUUCCCUUAGAAUUGGUCAUUUUGCAGGAAAGCAAGCACGGUCUGUAGAAUUGGUGCCAUCCACACGUUUCUCUGCCAUCUUAGAGUUGUUACCAUGCAAUGUUUUGUUGAAUUUUACACAAAAACCAUUGUGGCACUUGAUCAACAUCCUUUUUUAUAAAGUGGUGUUUGUACACAUAGUCAUCAAUUUUAUUAAACUGGUCUAAAUUUUAUGAUAAGUCCAUAUAUUGUGCUACUUACUUCUAGGAUGAACCUGUCGCUUUUUAAAAAAAGUUUCCAGGUUAUAAUUUAUAACAGCAUUAUAAUUUGUACUGCUUUUUCACUCCUAAUAAAAAUGCUGGUUUGUUUUGUGAUGUAAAAAGUAUUUCAAAAGAUGUAAAUAAGUUAAAAAUCAAACAUAGUUUUUCAUUAGUUUUAAGAUACGAAAUUUAUGCUAAAGCUUCCAAAGCACAAAUGCGUAUUUUUGUACAUCUCAUUUUAAUCACGUGCAGAUCAUGAACAUGAGUUCAAAUUUUAGACUAUUCUCAGACUAUUCAGUUAAUAAAUACUAGCAGAACUGCUGAUUUUUAACACUGUGCACGGGGGGCUGCAGCCAAGAGCAUCAAAGCUGCGGCUGCAGUUGAAGAAGCAGUCCACUACUCAUUAAAAGGAAAGGUCAAGAGAC